CAGGAGGAACAGUAAUAAUACAUACAUACAUAGACUGCAGGCAAAGAAGAGAGAGAGAGAGGAAGAGGAAGAAAAAGAAAGAGAAAGGAGAGAGAGAGAGAGGGAGAUCUAGAUGGCGGACUGGGGGCCGGUGGUGAUAGCGGUGGUGCUGUUCGUGGUGCUGACGCCGGGGCUGCUGUUCCAGCUGCCGGGGCGGAACCGCAUCGUGGAGUUCGGCAGCAUGCAGACCAGCGGCGUCUCCAUCCUCGUCCACGCCGUCCUCUACUUCGCCCUCAUCACCAUCUUCCUCAUCGCCAUCGGCGUCCACAUCUACACCGGCUGAUCAUCACCAUCACCAUCACCAUCACCAGCAUGAUGCAAAAUGAAUCAAAUUAUAUUACAAACAAAAAAAAUUCCAGCUCGUCGCAAUCUCAUCAUCAUCAUACAUGGAAGAUCGAGGAUGUUGUUAUUGUUGUUUUUUUUUUUUUUUUUUGGAAUUUUUUUUUUGUUUUUUUUUUUGUGUUUUGGAGUCUGUGUAAGUGAACGAUGGAUUACUUACAGAAAAGGAGAGAAACAAAAAAAAGCAAAAAUUAGUAGACGUAUUUUGAGAUUUUCUUUUUCUUUCUUUGGUAUUUUGGUUCUGGUGUGAGCGAACGAUGGAUUGCUUGGUUUUAUUUUUUAUUUUUAAUUUAAAAAUAUUCUGUUUAAUUUGA